AUGUUUUUGGCAGAGGUACUAGAAGACAGCUACAAAUGUGACGGGCACGAUAAUUUACCUUUUACCGUGACACGUAACGGGGGACAACUCUUUCAAUGCCAAAACGCGGCCCAUUUUCUCGAAGACGAAGGCUUGGAAGCUUACCUCCAGAAUUACGGUGAAGAGUGUCGUCUCCAGCGUCAUUAUCAGAAAGUGGCACGUCCCAUAUUAUCUGGAAUGGGCCGCAGAAACACGAGGUCGAUUAAGUUUUCGAUUCCUGUCCUUGACGGCUCAUUAGGAAACGCUAUUCAACUUAUUGUCCGGCAUAGUGAGUCGAGCGAGUAUCAAUGCUCGAAAAAGUGGAAUGUCAGGGAGGUGCUCUUCUGUAACUUAAAAACAGGUGACAGUCGAAAACGCCACUGGGCCAUCAAUGCGACAGUUUUUGGAGAGAGCUCAUUUGCAACGAUUUUCGAACUUGCAGCUGACAAGGAAAAUACUCCUCUCGAAUACACUGUCGAUUCAUUCCUAGUCAACUGGAUGAAGCAUAUGGUGAUCACAUUUGUGGAGGCAGAUAGAAACAACGCCUGUCCAACUGUAAAAUCUCGAGAUGAGCCUACUCCUCUAUUUCUUGCCGGCAAAGGAGGCCGAUACUUCAUGCCGAGCGAUUCGACCAAGGUGAUCAAGUCCAAGUUUGCGAAAAGCGAAAUGGAUCCAAGCUCGCCUGAGAUUCACGCCUCAUUUACCAAAGGGAAAGAAACUCUUAAUUUCAAGGAUGUUUUCAACUGCUCUAGCUUAUGCCUAACAAUACACGUAGGCAAUACGUUCAGACAAUUAGGAAACCUUGGUCGGUCGAGCAGCUGCGAGAUUGGGCAAAUUAUUCCUCCGGAAACUCCGAUAAAGGACUCAGCUGAAGCGUCAACGUGGUCCACAGUGCUAACCUUCACAUUCCUCGCUAUAUUAUCGUUCAUUCUUGGCCUACUCGUCGUGCGUCUUCGGAAGAAGUUGCGACGCGAGAGGACCACCGUUACUGACAAAAUUGCCAAGCUCGUCGAACGUGACAAAAAGUCCUUCGAGAAGCGUUUCGAGGAAAUUGGCCUGUUAGAAGAUAGUCAGAAAAUGUGGGGCAUGCUUAUUCCAAUCAAGCUCAUAAAGAUGUCGGAUAAGAAGCUGGGAGACGGUUUCUUCGGAUCCGUCCAUUUGGCCGAGCUCGUGCACAACCAAAAGACUGUCUGCGUGAAGCAACUAAGGCUACAGGAUAGCAUGUCCGACGAUGUCGUCGCUCAAUUGUCCAAUUCGAUCAUCGAGGAAAUCCUGCGAAUGAAGAAUCUUGAACACGAAAACGUCAUCCGUCUAGAAGGGUUCACACUGAAGGAUGAAGGCAAACUAAAAAUUCCGAUGAUGAUAUUGCCCUUUAUGGAAUCUGGGGACCUUCAAAAAUAUUUAGCAAAUGAAAACAACACUAUUAACUUUGAGCUCGUUAUUAGGUUUGCGCUAGAAGCUGCGCAAGGAAUGGACUACUUAUCAAGAAAUAGCAUCAUUCACAGGGAUCUGGCUGCCCGAAACUGCCUUCUCGACAACUGCCUAAAACUUAAAAUUGCCGAUUUCGGACUAUCCAAGCACAUCGACAAUGCGUAUGAAAACUCAGAAAGUUACGUUGUCACGACUCAACAUCAUUUGCCGUUCCGAUGGAUGGCCCCGGAGAGUUUGAAAACCCGCACUUUUAACAUCAAGAGCGAUAUUUGGAGCUACGGGAUUUUAUUGUGGGAAAUAACGACUCGGGGAAGACAUCCUUACGGGACAAUUGAAAGCAGCGAACGACUGAUAUCUUACUUAGAAAACGGUAAUCGCCUCCCGAAACCUGUCAAUUGUUCCCCUGAUUUAUACGUGAAAGUUAUGGAAUGCUGGGACGAGCUACCGAAUGAUAGGCCUACUUUUUUCUCGCUCUCUGUGUACAUGAGGAACUAUUUGACGAAAAUUCAACAAGACUCGACGAUGCGAGAGUUGCAGCUACUUUUAGACGAUGGCUUCGACGAGAAUUGGUUGCAUUGUUACGCACACCUUAAUACACCCCAGAGAGAUUCACCCGAGUUAAAUCCGAAGAUGACCCAUAAUUUGAACUAUGAUAUUGAUCCUGGUCUAACCGCGAUGGACCUUGCGAAGGCCUCACAGCUGGAUCGAUCAGACGAGUUCCUCAACGAAUCUUGCGGAGAAGUCAUUUCGACUUCGGCGUACAUCAACUUUGAGGAAUAG